CCACCGAGCAGAACAAACGGAGAUCAGCUGUUGGAACGACUUACUGGAUGGCGCCAGAAAUUUUCACCAGGAAGCCCUACGGCCCCAAAGUGGACAUCUGGUCCUUUGGCAUCGUGGGGAUCGAGAUGGUGGAAGGAGCGCCUCCGUACCUGAUGAAAACCUCCCGCACGGUUCAAGAGCUGAUAAGCACCGGGGCCCCCCCGAAGCUGCAGAAGCCCAGGCAGCAGUCGGCGUGGCUGCGAGACUUUCUGCACUGCUGCCUGGAGAGGGACGAGGACAGGCGCUGGUCUGCCCAGGAACUUCUGCAGCAUCCGUUUGUAACAUCAGCCAAGCCAGCCUCCACCCUGACGCCUCUGAUCAUGGCCACGCAGCAGUUCAUGGCUGACAGGAGAUUCUAG